GAGCCCACGUGGGCCUACUCACCCGCUGACGUAAAACACCGGCUAGAAAAACGUUUGAAACCGGUAUAAAUACGCCCGGUACACGCCUGUUCCGGCACAACUCAAGAGAUAUCUACAACUCUUCACCGACUCAAGAAGUUUUUCUUAGCCAUGAGAGUCAGCCGUGUUCUACUCCAACAAGCCGCCAAGAUGUACCUUGGUGGUCCCGACAGUUUCUUCAAGUAUGCCGGCAGCUCUAUCCUAAAAGACCCCUCGGUGUGGCCCUUGGUUACCAUCGUGACUGGUGUAGGGUGUAUGGCGGUGAGCGCUCUAACCUACACAGCCAUCGCAAAGUCGGACGUCGUUUUCGACAAGAAGACACAGCCAUGGCUCAAAGUGCCUUUGGAUAGACCUACACAGAAGUUGGUCACAAUCAACCAGACCUACAAGGACAUCCCACAGCUCAAGGUCAUGAGCGAGAUCCGCGAGAUGGAGAAGCAAUAACCCAUCUUCACUUCUGCUACAAACCGCAAGGUGGCGCAUGUGAAUGGCAGCUGACCGAAGCGACCAGUGUUUUAAUGGGGCCACGCUGCUAUUAUAGUUAUAGCUGGCUAUAAGUACGUGUUAUCAUGUCCUUACCUCAAGGAACAAAAUACAUGAUACAGGGAUUGUAAGAUCACAGAGUUUAGAGGACCAAAAUCUUUUUCCCGGGAAAAAAUCUUAAGCUUACUGAUCAGAAAAAAAACAUAGAUUGUGAAAAAUUAGUUCCGUCCACACAUAUAUCCAUUGCACGUGUUGCUAUAUAUUGAGGCGAGAGAAGCAGUGUGUUGCAGCCUUAUCUAUGUAUGCAAGAUCUGAGUAUUGUAAACGGAAAAAAAGUUCUGAAUCUGAGUGCUACAAUGUGAGGCUGUGUACCUGACUAUUAUAAAGGGAAGUUCUGAAUCGGAGUGUUACAAUGUGAAGAUGUGCCUAGUGGCACCAUAAUGUUGCGAUAGUUCUGACCAAUCAGGGACCGUUUUGUAUAGCAUCACUUUGAUUGUAGCAAUAAUUGUGAACUUUGGAACUAAUUUAUUGUCACUGAAAAUAUCUAUGACACGUGCACAAUACUUAUGAUGUUGUUGUUGCAAGUGUCGAAUGUCAGGGACACGAAAUAGCAGCUAUGAAUUAUGAAAAAAUAACUUAUUAAUUGAGCACGUAUUUGACACAAUAUUCAGGUGAAUAGUUACGAAUCUGAUGUGUAUUAUUCUAUCUUGUCUGUCAAUGAAAAAAAUAAUAAACAAAUAAUAGAGUAUUUAUGGUGAGCUCUCUAUGCUGCUGAGCAAUAUCCUGUAUAUGUGAAUUUGAUUCACAAUAAAUCUAUUGUUUGAAGAAAU